AUCCCACUCUCUCCACAACAUUCACUCGACCCCUCCUCCUCUCACCACACCACUCCAAGCACUUCCAUACCACUCCAUCAGCAGAUAUGCGUGUCCUGCUCACCGGCGGCUCUGGCUUCAUUGCCGCACACGUGCUUGACAUCCUCCUCGAACAUGGCCACAGCGUAGUCACCACUGUUCGAUCCCAAGACAAGGCAGACCGCAUCGCCAAAGCUCACCCGAAGAACGACAAGUCCACCCUGGAUUUCGCCAUUGUUGAAGACAUUUCCCAAGAGGGUGCAUUCGACAAGGCCGUUAUUUCCGAUCCUCCAUUCGAGGCAGUCGUGCACACAGCUUCUCCAUUCCACUUUCAGGUCACCGAUGUCCAGAAGCAACUUCUGGACCCUGCCAUAAUUGGCACGACAGGAAUCCUCAAGAGCAUCAAGAAGUCGGCUCCCACCGUCAAGCGAGUCGUCAUUACUUCCUCCUUUGCUGCCAUCCUGGACCCCUCCAAGGGAGCACGACCUGGCCACACGUACAGCGGCUCCGACUGGAGUCCUCUCACGCACGCCCAAGCCCUCGAGAAUCCCUUUGCAGGCUACCGAGCGAGCAAAACCUUUGCUGAACGAGCAGCAUGGGAAUUCGUCGAAAAGGAAAAGCCCAACUUUGAUCUCGCCACCAUGUGCCCACCGCUCGUGCUCGGUCCCAUCGUGCACUACCUCAACUCGCUCGACGCAUUGAACACUUCCAACCAACGGAUCCGUGACACCAUGCUCGGCAAAUACAAAGACGAAGUCCCCGAGACAGGCGUCUACAUCUGGAUUGACGUCCGCGAUCUUGCUUUGGCACAUGUCUUGGCUGCCGAGAAGCCCGAAGCGGGCGGGAAGAGAUAUUUCGUGACAGCGGGAUACUUCAACAACAAGAAGAUUGCGGAAUCCAUUGGAAAGGCAUAUCCCGAAUUGAAGGACAAGUUGCCCACGGAGAAGACUCCAGGAGGCAAUGAUCCCGAGGGCGGUCUCUAUGAUAUCGAUACGAGCGUGGCGAAGCAGUAUCUGGGACUGACGUAUAGGUCUUUUGACGACUGUAUCAAGGAUACCGUGGAGAGUCUCAAGGCAGUUUCAUGAAAAGCAUUUAAAAUUGAGAGGGAAAAAAAACAAGUCUUUCCAUGACUUUUUUUUCUUUUCAAUAUAUUCAAAAUAUAAUAUAAAGAAUAAAAAUGACGGGUCCGGCCCAAUCACAAG